CAACCUAGUAAUUUUCCAGCUUCCCUCCCGUUUUCUUGCCAAUUACUAGUCUUCUUUUUUUUCCUCCUUUUCCCUUUUUUUCUUCCUUCAACCCCAGUAUUACAACCCAAGAGAGGAACAUUUCCCAGGUUACUGUGCAGUAGUGCACGAACAUCGCGUUCCCAGAGCGUCCCAGCCCCCUCCUCUCUCCCCCCCCCUUCCCACUCAACGUCCUUCCUUGUGUUAUCUUUUUCCGACUCACUACUGUGCUUCCGAUUUCUUCUCUUUUUUUCCUCAUUCCUCGACGGCGCCAACUCCCUCACACUCUCUUUAAUCCCCCACCCUCCCUCUCUACAACAACUUCUACAGUCUUGGCCCAGACCCAGUCCCCUCCGAGGAAUCAAUAUCAACACGUCGCAUCGUCACCAUGUCGCUCUUCACUUGGUGCUCGAGGCGAGCUGGAGGGCUGGCCAUGUUAAUGACCUUGGCUCUCAGCUAUUGGGUUAUCUCUAAGGAAGCGGCAGCAGCAACAUCGCGAUAUGAUUACAAGUAUUCGCAGCAAGACUCCUUGAGCAAACCAUCACACACACUAGCCAGCCCUCCUACCGAGGGAGCUGGUAUCUGGACCGUCGUAUUUGCCUAUUACUGCCUUUUAAUCCACUUUUUGGUUUUCGCCUUCCCGAUGCGUUCCUGCUGGGCUCUCUUUGAUAUCACUCGAAGCAUCAAGAAAGCCGCGCGUAGCAGAUCCCUUAGGGAUUUCAAGCUUUCCCACCGUCGUCGCGGCUCAUCUACCUCCCUCUCGAGCUCCGAGACAUUGACUUCCUCGAAAGAAGACUCUCUACCUUCCUCGACUACGAGCAGCGAAGCCGGCGACAUUGAAACCGAAUUCUACUCCGAUAGUUUUACCGAUGGCGCAGAACCUGAACGUGUUGUCCACGCUAUUGUUAUUCCCAACUACAAGGAGGAAGUUGACAGCUUAAGAGAAACUCUGGACGUUUUGGCCUCGCACCCUCAAGCUCGUGAUGCCUACGAUAUCUACCUGGCAAUGGAACAACGCGAACACAAUGUUGAGCUCAAGGCCAUGAAAUUAAUUCAGGAAUUCGUCAAGAAGUUCCGCUCAAUUGAUUUCACCCUGCAUCCCUCUGAUAUUCCCGGCGAGUCUCCUGGCAAAGGUAGCAACGUGGCCUGGGCCGCGCGAAAGCUCAGCGAAAGAUACUCAGCCACCGCCAGGAAAGAAGUGAUCGUCACCGGAAUUGAUGCCGACAGCCAUCUGUCAUCCAGCUACUUUAGCCAACUCUCCGGAAUGCACACAUCUUUCAAGGACACUGCUAGUACUACAUUAUAUGCUGCCCCUAUUAUCUUCGACCGUAAUGCCCAUGCCGUCCCUGCUAUUGUCCGUGUGGCGGAUAUUCUAUGGGCUGCUGCCGGUCUUUCGGGUCUUUACCGCGGCUCUAGCAUUGCUCCUCCUACUUCGGUCUACUCCGUGCCGCUUGAAUUGGUUGACCGCGUUGGUGGCUGGGACUGCGAUCCCGAGGCGAUUGGCGAGGAUCUGCACAUGUAUCUGAAGUGUUUCUUUGCGCUGAACGGAAACUUGACUGUGAGGACUAUUCUAAGCCCUGUUAGCCAGAGCAACGUUAAGGGUGACGGCGGCGAAGGUGUUAAGGGACUCUACAACGACAUGCGGGCUCGUUACAAGCAGGCACUACGACACAUGUGGGGAGCUUUGGAUUCUGGUUAUGCUAUGAGGAAAUUCGUGGAGCUCUGGCAAGAGCGUAAGCACACCGCAAGGGCUUACCGUCCCCUUCACAUUGCCCUAAACAAUCCCACCGAUUCCUACAUUACGCAGACGCAGCUUGAUAUGAGCCCCGAACAGACACUUGAGAGCGGUAUUUUCUCUGAUGUCACAUCCGAUACCCUAAAGGAACCUGAUUGGCAACGAAUCAUUAUUCUUUUCCACCGUAUCUUCGAAGCCCACUUCCUUCCUCUACAAACUACCAUCCUUAUUAUUGCCUCAACCCUCUACGUCUGGGUUACCGACGGAAGCUCAGACCCCCAUGAGCUCUCUUGGGUAUUCACUGUUUGCAAUGUGCUGAGAACAGCCGGCUUUAUGGAGGUCGCACUCAUGCUGUUCCUCUACGAGCAAUUCCACAAGAUAUGUGUUACUACCCGAGAGAAGGAGAUGAACGAGGCUGGUCUAGCUAAGGGCAUGUGCUUCUCGCAUCGUGAGGUCAAGAAGAACUACAUUGACUAUGUCAUGGCGCCCCUUGUUGCACCGUUAUAUGGUGCGAUUCCAACGGCGCAGGCUCAGCUCAUGCACUUUUUUACGCUCGAUCUCGUAUACACAGGACCACUGUUUUGA